AUGGAGCGUGGUGAAAACAAUAUGGUUGUCAUGAAACCUAUACGAACAACAAAGAAAUUAGAUGAAAAUGGAGGAGAAGAAGAAGCAUUACUUAUGAGUCCAACCUCUCGAAUGUUUCAUGAACCAAACUACAAUCUUUACAUCUUAGCAAUCAUGGGUUGGAAAGUACCAAUUAAUGUUGAUGCCAUGAAAGCUGAAAUUCAAGGCAAGUUGCUUAAACAUCCGCGGUUUUCGAGUUUGCAGGUUAUUGAUGAGAGUGAUGACAGCCGAAAGAUGAAAUGGGUUCCCACGACAGUCAAUAUAGAUGAUCAUGUUACAGUCCCUGACCUUAUUAAAUCAAACCCCAAUAAUAUGGAUACGGACAAGUUGGUAGAAGAGUAUAUAUCAAACCUAAGCACGGCCAAUAUUGACAUGUCGAAACCUCUAUGGGAUCUUCACAUCCUUAACGCGAAAACCUCCCAUGCCGAGGCUACUUGUAUUUUCCGUCUUCAUCAUUCUCUUGGCGAUGGAGUUUCCCUUGUUUCGCUUUUACUCUCUUGUUUUCGGAAAAGUUCGGAUCCUACUUCUUUGCCCACACUCCUGGUUUCUUCUUCUUCAUCUUCGGCAAAUCAAAUUUAUCAAACAACAGAACAAGUAUUCGGUCUUUGA